GAGGUUAUGAUCGAUUGUUUUCAUCGGUUAGGUUCCAAAUGACACGCGAAGCCGUAGUACACGAUAGAAGAAAAUGUCUCGAAUUCGUGUGAAUUUUUUAUUAUUAUGUAUAGCAGUUACGCCGUUAGUGUCUCUCCUCAUUCUGAACAAAUUUCUUACAUCCACGAAAAUUUUCAAUGAAAGCUCUAGCGAUUUCGAAUGGAUCAAAAAUGGAAUCAAGAAUUUAUUGGGAUAUUCAACUAUUAUUUUACCAGGAUAUUUGACGUAUAUUUACGUUAAGAGAACAAGUUAUUUUGGAAGAGCUCCCAAUGGAUUUAUUUCAAAUUUCUUAAGGUUGUGUUUUGGAGAAGAUGGGUCAAUGUCUUCACCGCUUAUUACUCAGAGUGAAUCCCAAAGGGUCAUCCCCAAAAAGAGCUUCUGGUGGAGGACUUUUCUACUCGUAUUUUAUUUCAUUGGACUUCAAGCAUCUUACCUCUCUUGGGGUAUACUACAAGAAAAAGUUAUGACACAAGUUUAUGAAAGCAGUGAUGGUAGAAUGGAAUACUUUGGAGAUUCCCAAUUCUUAGUAUUUGUUAAUCGGAUAUUAGCAUUUUCUAUUUCAGCAGUUAUUCUUUUAUGUAAAAGAAAGUGUGAACAUAAGUGCCCAUUUUAUAAAUAUGUGUUUUGCUCAUUUUCUAAUAUAAUGAGUUCCUGGUGUCAAUAUGAGGCUUUGAAGUAUGUAUCCUUUCCACAUCAAGUUUUAUCAAAAGCAGCUAAAACAAUACCAGUAAUGUUGAUGGGAAAAUUAAUAUCUAGGACUCAGUACAAAUACUAUGAAUAUAUCACAUCAAUUACACUAUCUAUAGGUAUGUUAAUGUUUAUGAUAGAUGUAGGAAAUGACAAAGCUAGAACAACUGUUACUACUCUCUCAGGUGCUUUACUUCUUAUUGCAUAUAUUGCAUUUGACAGCUUUACAUCCAACUGGCAGAGUUCUCUAUUUAAAACAUAUUCCACAUCUCCCAUUCAGAUGAUGUGUUUUGUUAACUUUUUUUCUUUCAUUCUAACUGGAACUUCAUUAAUUCAGCAGAACAGUUUCUAUAUUUCUUUGGGUUUUCUCUUCAAAUACCCAUCUUUCUUUGUAGAUUGCAUUUUACUAUCCCUUUGUUCAGCUUUUGGCCAGUUGUUCAUUUUUAGUACAAUAUCAGAAUUUGGACCAUUGGUUUUUGUUAUUAUUAGUACUAUAAGACAGUGCUUGUCUGUUUUACUAAGUUGUAUAUUCUAUAACCAUGAAGUACAUGCUUUGGGAGUUUUUGGUCUGAGCUUUGUGUUUUGGAGUGUCUUUUUGAGAAUUUAUUGUAGUUAUACGAGAGAGAGAAAAAGAAUAAAAAGACUAAAAGGUUUCAAAUGUAGUGAAGAUCAAAAAUUUUAAUGUUUUGGUGCUGAGAAAAAUUAUUAUAUAUGUAUCUAGUCAAAAUAUUCUAAUUUAUUUUUAAUUUAUGGAAACAGACUUGUUAAAAAAAUGGUAAUUUUUAUUAGAUUGUAAUUUUAUACUACACUAUGAACUAAGUUCUUCGUCAGAACUGCUUAUACAUAUCUCAAAAUUUGUCAAUUCCAUCCAU